UGUGUGUGUGUGUGUAUGUUCGCAUAUGUGUGUUUGUGUGUGGGCCGCGCGGUUCCUCUCGGCAGUGCUGUGCUGAAGUUGGUCCUGAUGGAGGUCUGCGGGUUUCCUCCUCAGCCCUGAGCUCGAGCGCCUCUCUCCGCGGCUACUGGGCGUGAAGGACUUUGUCAGUUCAAGCCAGAGGAAGACCAGUAGACGUUUGUGAGCUGUCUCUCUCGCUCUCUGUCUCGCUCUCUCUCUCUCUGAACCCUGAAAAACGGUAGUCUGAUUACGGGAACACCUCCUGACACUCUUUGAAGGAGCUACAGUUUCUCAGACAGGUCCGCUGAUCCAGGAGAAGACUGGCGCUAACAGCUAGUGGAGACCCAGGUAUAGCUGGGGUCCGGCAGGCUCGGGGGCAGCAGAAGCUCUUCACCAUGGAUGUGGAUGAGGAGGAGAACAUGAGAGUAACCUAGCGAGCUUUUGCUGCAGGAUGUUAUAAAUGAAAAUUUAGCCAAAGUUCCAUCAGCUUUGUCAACAGGGCAUGAUGUGUGUUCCAGAGCCUGUUUAGCUCAAUAAGACGUCCGUGCCGCUUUGUUUAACACCUCUGCCGAGGUUCAGUGAUGUCAAGUCAUUUAUUAAAUCCAAUAUACGAUAUGACAUGCAGUUCACAUAUUUUAUUCUAAUUUGUCUCUCUUUCUUAUAGUCUAUGCUAAAAUUGACUGACACCAUGCAUUAACAUGUAAAUGUCCCCUAAUCCAAGCAAACACUACUUAUAUGACAGGGUUUGCAGAGACGUUCUGCGUAUCACUGCUUUCACUGAAAAUUACAUUACCUUUCGUUUUUAGAAUAAGAGAGAAACUUUUAUUGUAGUGUACUUUUAGGAUGAUAAAUUGCUUACGUUUUAAAGUAUUAAAGACUGUCGUAGACUAAACUUAUGCAGUAAAAUUGUUUUAUGUACAGUAGUUUUGCUAUGCAAUUUUACUGCAUAUGUAGAGUCAUUUCUGGCAGUUUGAAUACAUAAGUACACUUCUGUUAAAAAUUUCAUGCCUGAUAAUCUAUGGUAGAAUGCUAUAAGUCACAUUGCGUUUGUUUGUAUAAAUGAUCCUCUUUGCUCCUAUAAAAAGAGUUGCAGUAACAAUACAAAUGUAUAUUCUUCUUUUUUCUGUUCCACUGAAAAAAAUUAAAGGCACUGUGCUCUUGAAUCUCAGCCUCAAAAAAAGGAACACACAUCACUUGUUCAGUUACAAAGAAAGAUAAAGGAAUCUAUAAAUUUUACAUUUACAAGAUCCUGCAACGAAGGCGUUGUAAGUUACUCUUUCUGGGCAUCGCAGGUUCCUGCAGCACCGACGUCAAGGAAAACCGCAACCUGGACAACGUCUCCUCCAAAGAGGGGACAGGCAUGCCUGAGCAGCUCCCCAAUGGCGGUGGAGGAGGGGGGCGUAAGCGCCCCCUGGAGGAGGGCAAUAACGGUCACGCGCACCCCAAAUUCAGGCCCAAGAAGCGCAAGAAAACCCCGGGGCCUGUUCUGCCCAAGAACGCCUUGAUGCAGCUGAACGAGAUCAAGCCAGGUCUCCAGUACAAGCUGCUGUCUCAGACCGGUCCGGUGCACGCCCCUGUCUUCGUCAUGACCGUGGAGGUGAACGGGCAGCUAUUUGAGGGAUCAGGUCCCACCAAGAAGAAGGCCAAGCUGAAUGCAGCAGAGAAGGCACUGCGGUCCUUUGUUCAGUUCCCCAACGCCUCAGAGGCGCAUCUAGCCAUGGGCCGUACUCUAACCGUCAACACGGACUUCACCUCGGACCAGGCCGACUUCCCCGACAUGCUCUUCAACGGCUUCGAGACGCCUGCACCCCCCGAGGACCCCUUCUACCUGGGCUCUAACGGCAACGGCUCCCUGAACCCACUGGGAGAGUACACGGUGCCCCCUGCGGCAGGCACCAACAGCCUCGCACAAGCUCCACUGCCCCCUCCCUCCUCCUUCAGCUCGUCCUCCAGCGGCAAAAACCCAGUCAUGAUCCUCAACGAGCUGCGGCCGGGCCUUAAGUACGAGUUUGUGUCUGAGAGUGGUGAGAGUCAUGCCAAGAACUUUGUCAUGUCUGUGACGGUGGACUCGCAGACCUUUGAGGGUUCGGGCAGAAACAAGAAGCUGGCUAAAGCCCGCGCUGCACAGGCUGCCCUGUCUGCACUGUUCAACAUGCAGCUGGACCAGACCCCAUCCCGCCAGCCCAUCCCCAGAGAGGGUCUGCAGCUGCACCUGCCCCAGGUUCUAGCAGACGCUGUCUCCCGCCUUGUGGUGGACAAGUUCAGCGAGCUCACCGACAACUUCACGUCCCCUCACGCACGACGGAAAGUGCUGGCUGGGGUUGUCAUGACAACAGGUACUGAUGUGAAAGAGGCUCAGGUCAUCUGCGUCUCCACAGGAACCAAGUGCAUAAAUGGCGAGUACAUGAGUGACCGCGGCCUUGCGCUUAACGACUGCCAUGCUGAGAUCAUCGCCCGCCGCUCACUCAUCCGAUACCUGUACAUGCAGCUGGAGUUCUUCCUUAGUAACAACAAAGAGGAGCAUCAAAACUCGAUUUUCACGCGGUGUGAGAAACAUGGCUACCGGCUGAAGGACAACGUUCAGUUUCACCUCUACAUCAGCACGUCACCGUGCGGAGACGCUCGCAUCUUCUCCCCGCACGAGGCAGGAGUCGAGGACCAGGGAGACAGACACCCAAACAGAAAAGCCCGGGGUCAACUGAGGACUAAGAUUGAGUCUGGAGAGGGAACCAUCCCAGUGCGCUCCAGCAACACUAUCCAGACGUGGGACGGUGUUCUUCAGGGGGAAAGACUCCUCACCAUGUCCUGCAGUGACAAAAUCGCCAGGUGGAACGUAGUGGGGAUCCAGGGCUCACUGAUGAGUUACUUUACCGAGCCCAUCUACUUCUCCAGCAUUAUUUUGGGCAGCUUGUACCACGCUGACCAUCUCUCUCGGGCCAUGUACCAGCGCAUCGCGGACAUCGAGGACCUGCCCCAGCAGUUCACCCUCAAUCGGCCCCUGCUCAGCGGAAUCAGCAAUGCAGAAGCACGACAACCGGGGAAGGCACCUAACUUCAGUGUGAACUGGACCAUUGCAGACCAGGGACUGGAGGUCAUUAAUGCCACCACAGGCAAAGAUGACAUGGGUCGACCCUCACGUCUCUGCAAGCACGCCCUCUACAGCCGCUGGGUUCGACUGCACUCAAAGCUCUCGUCAACCCUGCGGAUCAAAAUGUCCAAACCCAGCUCGUACCAUGAAGCCAAACAAGCGGCGGUGGAGUACCACUCUGCCAAGCAGACGCUCAUCAAGGCCUUCCAGAAAGCAGGCUUGGGAGCCUGGGUGAAAAAGCCUAUAGAACAGGACCAGUUCUCUCUCAACUCCUGAAGUGGGCGCAAGAGGGACAGAGUGGAGAUCUGAGAGACAUGACUACAACCAGCCAUUGAUACUUCACUUGAUGUGUGCGAAUGCUUGUGUGUGUGUGUGUGUGUGUGUGUGUGUGUGUGUGUCUGGAUCUGCUAGGGGUGUAACGGGCCACAGAUAAUUCAUGAUCCAUACGGAUGAGUCCUUACAUAAAUGUAGUUUAUUAUUAGUUAUUGCCCCAAUUUUUUACGUAGUUAAAGGGAUAAUUAUAUAAAAAAAACCUAUACUGCAGAAAUCUCAAAGUUCACACAUGUUCAGAGCAUUCAUUACAUGGGAGCAUUUUGGCUUCACUGUAAUAUACACUGCCUAGCCAGAAAAAAAAGUCGCCACCAAAAAAAAGAUCACACACUCAUUGGACCGCCUUUAGCUAUGAUUGCGGGAUGCAUUCACUGUUGCAUUGUUUCAAUAAGCUUCUGCAAGAUCACAAGAUUUAUUUAAAUCCAGUGUUGCAUUAACUUUUCACCAGGAUCUUGCAGCAGCAUUGAUCAUGGUAGAGUCUGACCGCUGCACAAAGCCUCUCUUCAUCCAGCACAUCCCAAAGAUUUUCAAUGAGGUUAAGGUCUGGACUCUGUGGUGAACUCUCUCAAUCCAUGUGUGAAAAUGAUGAUCUCAUGCUCCCUGAAUCACUCUUUCACAAUUCCAGCCCCAUGAAUCCUGACAUUGUCAUCUUGGAAUAUACUUGUGUCAUCAGGGAAGAAAGAAAAAUCCAUUGAUGGAAUAACCUGGUCUAUAUUCAGUAUAUUCAGGUAGUCAGCUGACCUCUUUCUUUCAGCACAUACUGUUGCUGAACCUAGACCUGCAGACCAACUGCAGCAUCAACCCCAGAUCAUUUACUUAGUUAAAUCCAGGUGGAAUCUUUUUUUUUUGGCCAGGCCAAAUCCAUGAAUUAAAAUCUGUGGCAUGAUCCGAUCUGUAAGAUUUGUGAUCCGUUACACCGCUAGUAUCUGUGUGUCGACUCCCAGCCAAACCACAGCCCUUUAGUCCCAACACUUUGCUCUUAUCACUCAUGAUUCCUCAAGUGUGUGACGACAGGAAUUUGCCUUUUAAUUUACGUAACGUAUGUAGGACUAGUCUGUACAACAUUUGUUUUGGAUUCACUGGCAUUAGCCCACAGAGCAUAGUAGGAAAUACUGUCAUUUAUAACUGGAAAGUACUGUCCUUUUGCGCUCGUGUUUUGUGUUGUGUUCCUGAGGCUUUAUGAUUUAAGAUGGAACGGGUGAGGACACAGAGUAUACGCUCACGUUCGGACUGACCACGUGCCUUUAUAGGCAGUAGAGGAAGGUACUGUUCGGAGUAUAUAUCUAACUGAGCCUUAUGAUCAGAACCCCUGUGCUUAAAAAAAGAUAAUUAUGAUGACCCCCAUUUUUAUGAAGCAUUACCUGAGAUUAAGUUUUAUUGUCUUCCUCAGAUGUAGGCCUGUCACAAUACCACAGACUUUUUUCUGGUCCUAGAAAUAAUUGCGACAAAUUAUAUUUUCGUCAUUUUAGGACCAUUUUAUGCCACUUAUUUAAUAAUAAUGCAUUAUGAAGGAUGUUUAGACAAUGAAAUGUAGUAAUAUUCUUUAAAUGUUCUAUAUAAUUAAAACAAAUACAAUUGUUUUACAAUUUACAACAAUUUACAAAAAAAUAAGGUUAUUUCCAAAAAAGUGUAUGUUAAGCUGUAAGAUGAAUAAAUAUUGUGACAGGCCUACUCAGAUCCCUUUACUAAAAAGUAGUUUAGGUUGUUCUCCUUGGUUAUUUUUCCAAAUUUUGGGGAAAAAUGGGACUUUUAAAGCAGGUUGAUUAAAAGGUUGUGUUGCUUUGUUUUUGUUUUUUGUUUGAACAAAAUACAUUCAUGUAUUAAUUUGACCUCAGAUGGAAACAUUUGGUCCAUUACAAAAAAAAAUCAGUGUCUUUUUUUUUUCUAUAAAGACUAUAGAAUGGAAGCAAGCGUUCGCAGAAGCGCUUCAUUACGAACACACAAUGAUCUCGUUCUCAUUCCUGUGCGUCACCGAUUCAGCCGAAGUGCAUUGUUUUCAUUGAACAAUGUGUCGUGGUGCUUUCAGUUCUGAUACCGUCUCCAGUGCAUGUUUGUAUUGUGUGCUGUAGUGCACAUCACUGAGAAAUUGCCCCCCUCUCUUUUUUAAACUGGGCAAAAAUGUAGAUGACUUAAGAAGCUGCCUUCUAUUGACCAUUUCAGAAGAGUCACCUUUGCAUUUAGGUACUUUUACAAGAACGAUGUAUUGACUUUUUUUAAGCUGCAUGGAGAACACAUUCUCGCGUAGGGAGCUAGGUUUUGUAGCACCUCCCUUUUAGCUACUGCGAUGUCUGCAAUUUCCCUUAGGUUGACUUUCUUCGAUGCUAUGAUACUUCGAUUGUCGCGAACCAGAUGGCGGCGUAUUCCUGUCCGCUCCUCCCUGAUUACAGGGAAGGGCUUUGUUUUUCUCAGUGGUGCACGUUUCUUAUUUAAAACCGUCUCUCUGCAUGGAAAGAGUGGAUGGUUUGCAGGGGCCACAUGGAACCCCCUUAGUCCCAUUCAUUCUCAUGGGUUUUUUGGACAAUGCCGGAGAUUUUUGGCACAAACUGCUUCCUAUUGUUGAUUUUUGCUGCAUCCAAACUUUUUUGAGACUGAUCUGAACUUUUGUUCUGCUCCUUAAAAGCUUGAGCUCUCUUUGAUUGAUUGAUGGCCUGCAAAUUGCAGCAUGUUUGACUGAUAAGGAUGUUAUUGACUGAUGAGUUUGUACUAAUUGGGGCACGUUUUUUAUUAAAAUAUUUUUUUUCUCUCUAUGUUUCUUAAUAGGUGCUGAGCCAAUCAGCCCUGUAUUAAAAAAAUAAAAUAAAAUACUCUCACACGGUUGAGAGUUACGCCGAAUGGGAAGCCUGUCUGAGGCGUAGGCUGCUAUGGUGCGUUUAUAAAAUAGCAGAAGCAGCAGCAUUGUUUCCUUUUGAUGAAAGCAACCAGUAGAAUGUGUCUUUUUAUGAAUAUACACAGUGAAUCCACCUGAAUUCAGGUGGCAGUGCUGUUUCCUGUGGGGUGCAUGUUGUAUUUCAUAGUUCAGUCAGUCAAGUCUGUGAACGACUAAAUCAACUUCUGAAUCGACCCCAUCCUCAAGCCCCAGCCCUUUUCUCCUACUUCCCAUCAUUACUGGACUUUGAUUCUCUGAUUCUCUGGCACAGCAGUAUGUAUGGAGUAUGAAAGCAGAGUUUAAUUUUAAAACGUUUCAGCGAGCCCAUCCGGGUGAGUGCGUAUGUGUGUAUGUUCGUAUGUGUUUGUUUGCGUGCACCUGCUGCUGAGCCCAACUGGCACUCUGUCGAGAUGUCGAGGCAACAGGAUUUUGGAGAUUGCUGUUGAAAUCUUCACCAAAGAUGAUGUCAUUUUUUGGCUAUUUUCUUUCACGGUGAAAAACAAAAUAAAAUAAUGGAGACUUUAUUUUUAAAAACAUUAGAAAAACUAAGCAAGUUAUUUGUGUAAAGAUUGUUGGGCAUAUUACAACUUGUCACCAUUGUUUUUGUAUAUUCAUUUACUAAUAUAUUUUUAAUUAGUAUAAAUGAAUAUGGUUGUGUUCCUCAGAAAUAACUGAACAGCUCCUUUCUCUGUAUUUCCACACUUCUUCAUCUACGACUGUAAAUAUUGUGAAACUUUCUGUCGUUGCCAUUGACACCCUGCAUAUAUUACUGGCAUUUUUGGAAAAUGUACUUCUCAAACGAUUUCACAGUUGCUGAAAAAGAAAACUACAAAACUACAAAAAAAGGAACAAUUGCUCCCAUAACAUGUAUUUCAUUCAUCCCCACUGUUUUAAUUCUUUUUAGGGAUCUUUUUUCUGUAUUUUGUUUUUCUCCUUUCUUCAUCUCUACAACAUCAGUUCUGACUCCUGACUUUACAUCUGUAAGUGAAACUGAUCUAGAGCGAGAGAGGCUGUGAGAGAAAGAGCUGCCAUCUGUGUUUUGGCCUUUUCACAAGUCUGAUUUUUACGAACAAAAAACAUCAGGCUUCUUAUGUUUUUUUUUCUUGAGCUUACUCUUUUUCCUGCAUUACAGAGAGCAACGGUGGACAGGAAGCAGAGAUUUUUUUUUAGCUAUGUGAGCGUAAUCACUUCUGUUUUUUUGUCUGAAAAAUUGUACUUUGUGUAAACAGGCCUUUAUGGGGACCAGGUCAGCGCUGUCCCGGCAGCCAUUCUAUUGGCUCACUUUUUUUCAAAUUGAAACAAUUCCGUCCUGAACUUAUUAAGUACAUUUUAUAAAAUAAAAAUUUUAAAAAUACUAAAAAAUACUGUACUUUAGAAUUCUCAGUGUAGCCUAUUAGGAAUUUUUCACCCCACCUUUAGUUCAGAACAUACCGAUGGACCCGAGGAUUAGCGAGGUGGCUUGAGGUGACUUUUUUCCUUUUUUUUUUAUUUGUUUGACUUGUCCUGAGCCAUCCAUCUAUCUUUUCUCUCCUUCUGUUUGUGUCUGAUUGUCAAAGCUGUAUUUCCAAUGCCUGCUACUAUACUGUUCUCUCUAUACUCUUCCUAUCUACUGUCCUCUACCAACUGCCCAAGAUGUCAAUGGAUGAUGUCAUGAAUACAACUCCCCAUCACAGCCGAGAUGGACCUUUUUAUUUUUUAUUCUACUAGAACUGGACCGUGUCUCAAUCAAGUCCUAACUUCUGACCUGUGACCCAGUGCUCUGGUCCUGGCCAGCCCUGUUCUGAGCGUGUUGUGAUUCGGUGACUGUACAGCGGGGCACGGUGGCGCCGGAGCCCGGUGCUGUCUGCUCAGCUCCGCCCCCGCCCUGGCCCCUCCUGCGUGUCCUCUGUAAUAUCCAUACACAGGCCACCUGCAUGAGCUCCUCCACUGAAGCUGCACCCAGCAUGAUGACUAUAAACGGACUUGUAUGUAGAAAAAUAAAACAUAGAUCUAUAUAUAAAUGAGAAAAAAAAAAUAAACAAGAUCUUAGUUUA